UUCCGGUUUGAGGCAGCCUUCCAAGCGAGGACCGAGAAGAGAGAACGGGAGUGUCGGUGUUUAUUAAAGUAAAAAAGAAAAACAAAACAGAACAACAACACCGAGGAAACCUUUUCUGGCAACUCAGGUCAUCAUGGCGUCUGGGAGCUCGAGCAGCGAGGAGGAGAGGAGCCUGCGGGAGUGUGAGCUCUACGUGCAGAAGCACAACAUCCAGCAGCUGCUGAAGGACUGCAUCGUGCAGCUGUGCACGUCCAGGCCCGAGCGACCCAUGGCCUUCCUCCGGGACUACUUCGAGAGGCUCGAGAAGGAAGAGACCAAACAGAUACUCAGCCAGCAGAAGUCCGGUUCUCGCUCCGAUUCCCGAGAGGAUGAGAUUUCUCCUCCUAUGAACCCGGUGGUGAAAGGUCGCCGUCGCCGUGGCGCCAUCAGUGCAGAGGUUUACACUGAGGAGGACGCCGCGUCCUAUGUCAGAAAAGUUAUUCCAAAGGACUACAAAACAAUGGCUGCUCUUGCUAAAGCGAUCGAGAAGAACGUGCUGUUCUCCCACCUCGAUGACAACGAAAGAAGUGAUAUAUUUGAUGCCAUGUUUCCCGUGAACUACAUCGCUGGAGAAACUGUCAUUCAGCAAGGUGACGAGGGCGAUAACUUCUACGUUAUCGAUCAAGGUGAAAUGGAUGUGUAUGUGAAUAACACUUGGGUGACGAGUAUCGGAGAAGGCGGCAGUUUCGGCGAGCUGGCGCUGAUUUACGGCACUCCGAGAGCGGCGACCGUUCAAGCCAAAACCAACGUCAAACUGUGGGGCAUUGACCGAGACAGCUACAGGAGAAUACUCAUGGGGAGCACUCUGAGGAAGAGGAAGAUGUAUGAGGAGUUCCUGAGCAAGGUGUCCAUUUUGGAAUCUCUGGAUAAAUGGGAGAGGUUAACGGUGGCUGAUGCUCUGGAGACGGUGCAAUUCGAGGACGGGCAGAAGAUCGUCGUCCAAGGCCAACCUGGAGACGAGUUCUUCAUCAUCCUCGAGGGAUCAGCAGCGGUGCUUCAGAGACGCUCCGAGAACGAAGAGUUUGUAGAAGUGGGUAGACUCGGAUCUUCUGAUUACUUCGGUGAGAUUGCGCUGCUGAUGAACCGUCCUCGCGCCGCCACCGUGGUCGCACGCAGCCCUCUGAAGUGUGUGAAGCUCGACCGUCCUCGGUUCGAGCGCGUUCUCGGACCCUGCUCCGACAUCCUGAAGAGGAACAUCCAGCAGUACAACAGCUUCGUCUCUCUCUCCGUUUAAAUCUAUCUCUCUCCCCUUUCACAUCCUCUGUUUAUCACAGGGUCCAGCUGCGCUUUAUUUUCUUAUCUUACUUCUGUGUACAUUUCGUUUGUGCUCGCAGUGUGCGUGUGUGUGUGUGUUAGAUUUAACCUCCUUCUCAAACGUAGAGAUGUAAAAUGAAGCCACCGAAACAGGAAGUCGACCAGAAACUGCUCUCCUUAAAAGUUCUUCUAUUCAUGUAAAUGUGACUAUUUAUUUUCGCAGCGUUUAGGACGUGACGAGUCCCGCAGAGAGGCUGCACGGUACAUCUAUUCAUUUAUUUUUUUUAUUUAAUUCUCGCUCUCCUUUCUUUGUUCAGAUGUUCAAACCAUUUCAGGGUAUUUAGGAUCUUUUCACAUUUUUUUUUUGUAAUGGUGCGCAUGUUCCUUCAUACGUUUUCCACAGAAAGUGUGUGUGUGUGUGGUGUAGCGUCAUCUGAUAUUAUCAGUUAUUUUAAAAAAAAGAAAGAGAUGAGCCUGUUAACUCACUUAUAGCUACAGUAGGUUUAUUUUAUUAUAUAUUUAAUUUACUGUUACUAAAUCCUGGUGUUCCAUCCAGAGUGUAUUCCCACCUCGAACCCAGUAUUCCCGGGAUAGGCUCUGGAUCAGCUGUGAUCCCGACCAGGAUAUCUGCUCUGGUUACUUUUUUUUUUUUUUUUCCCCCCUUCCCAAGUCUUUGGUCCAAAAGGUUAGUUCUCCGAUGACGAAUUUGAUGAGAACCACGUUUAAUUUACAAAAAGAAAUGUGUAGAACAAGGUCAAUCAGCUGAAACCGAUAAGAGAUCAUAAUAAACAAAAAUAAUUUUAAAAAAAGUCUUCAGGGAGAAAAUAUUCAAGUUUUAUACAUAUAGUACUGUGCUAAAGUCUUGGGCUUAUGAAAUGAAAUGUUUCAACAUUUAAAAAAAUACUAUAAACAGUAAUCAGUGAGCCAUAAUAAAUGAAAAGUCAGUAUUUGGUGUGAGACGACCCUUUGCUUUAAAAAAAAAAAAAUGUAGUCUCAGGUCCAGUGAGUGCAGUUUUAUGCGGAAGUGAGCUGUAGGUUUUACUGAGCAUCUUACAGAACCAGCCACAGUUCUUCUGGACACUUUGUCACACUCGCUUCUUCAUUUUGCACCAAAACCCAGCAGCCUUCAUUAUGUUUUCUUUUUUUAAUCUGAAAUGUGCUCUCUUAUGGAAUAUGCUGCUCAGAUACAAAUUUUUUACCCCCCUGUAACAUAUUUCAUUUUGUGCUGGAAAAAACAGAACGUUUGGAACUCAAAUGUUUUUGUAAUGCUUUGACUCAAUAAUGUUGAAGUCAUAAAAUAGAAAUCUAUAACAAAGUUUAUACGAGAGGGGAAAAAAAUAGGAGGCUGAAGACUUUUACACAGUACUGUGUGUGUGUGUGUGUGUGUGUGUGUGUGUGAAUAUAGAUAUAAGCUUCCUCCCCCCCAAAUAAAAACUGACUCCUGAGGGCUGAGAAAAUGUUAAACUAUCUGAGUUUUCAGUAAAACCAAGUUUUGUUAUUCUUUCUUUAAUCAUAAUUAACCCAAGUCCACCUUACUGUCUUUAAUUUUGUCUUUUCUAAUUUUCAGUUUUGUUUUGGUUUUUUAGUGAAGAUCAGGAAUCGCAGAUCUCUCUCUCUCUCGUUUUAAGUGACGCAAUUAUUUUGAAGUGUUCAGAGCAUGACGAAUCCCAAGACGAGGCUGUAAACUGAGCGUUCUCCGGUUUGCGCCCAUUAACAGUGUUUACAAUUCAUUUUGGCAUGUUGUGUUGCCAAAGACAGAGGUGUGUGUGUGUGUCUUGUUGGUUCUGUUUGUUUUCUCAAGGGUACUGAAGUUGAAUCAUUUGAAAGUGUGUGUGCGCGUGCGUGUGUGUACUGUAGCGAUCCGCUUUGCUCCUUAUCAGUCUUUAUUGCACAUAUAUAGCAGAAGUAAAUUAUAGUAAAAUCACCGUAACUGUAUUUUUUUGCACACUUUGUUAUAUUAAUCAAAUUGGAAUAUUAAGAUUCUCUCUCUAUAAAUAUGUGGCUAUUAUUAUCAUUAUUGUUGGUCCUUUCGUUUUGCUUUGUUGUUUUCAUACCUAUCCUUUAGCUGUGUUUCCAAAACUGCACCCUGUGCACUACAUGGUGCACUGUUUUUCUCCAUCCAGCACACUCACAAAAUCCCACAACGCCCUGUGGACACAUAAAGCAUGGCAUGUGUACCGAAUAAAAUCUCUGCUUUGGGACACGUCCACAGCGGGUUAGUGCUGAAGUGUGUGAUGUUUGUCUUGCCAAUCUAGUGAAUAGCCUGUAUGUUGAGACACGUCCACGAUGAUCUGAUGUUUGUCAUAUUUGGUGAAUAAGGUGUGGUUUGGGACACGUCCAUAAUAGACUAAUGAUGAGGAGUCCUUGGUGGUGGUUAUGAGGCCUCGUUAGUGUAUAAAGUGUGUGGUUUGGGACACGUCCACUGUAAGAUGAUGAGCAACAGGUGUGUGUGUGGUGUCUAUGAAGAGGGUGUGGUUUGGGACACACCCACAGCGGACUGGUGAUGGUUAUGAGGCCUCGUUAGUGAAUAUAUGUUGUGGUUUGGAACAUGUCCACAGUGGAUUAGUGAUGAAGCAUUAGCGAGAGGGGUUAGUGUAGUCUGUGUAGUGCAUAGGGUGUGGUUUGGGACACACCCAGAGCAGACUGGUGACGGCAAAGUGUUUGUGUAUGGAACAGGGAUAAGUCUUCUCUGUUUUUACCUCACGGUGCUUCUGUUCUUCAUCACAACAUUUCAUUGAGGUUUUGUGUGUUUGUCGUCAGAGAUUUUAACUGCUUUGGAAGCAUUGCUGAGCGAACGUUAGCACAGGCGCGGUGCUGGCUUUCUUUUUAAGGGCCCUGUAACAUAAUUAUGUUUUGGUUAUCAACACUGUGGCACACAAAGUGAAAUCGUAGUUGCCGUAACAGCAGAAUAGCUUUUAUUAAGUCUGGUCUAUGGUCACUUCAUUUUACAGCAUGUUUAAAGUAGCAGUAUGUAACUUUUUUUUUUUUAAAGAAAAUAAAUAAAGUAGAGGAAAGCGUUAUUUCAAGUCGGCCUAAAAGUCAUAAAUUUAUUGCAUUGCACACCACUGUGGGAACCACUCCAGAUUCCCAACAAUUACAUACUGCAACUUUAAUCCAGAAUAUUUGUAUAGUAUUAAACAGGGCAGUGAAUUACGGUUUUCCAAACAUCGUACUGUAUUUCUCAACACUGACUGAGGAAACUCAAGCUGAAAGUGUGUGUGUGUGUGAGUGAGUGAGUGAGUGAGAUGCAAACCCAUAUAAGAGUCUCUUUACACUCAUGUCGGCUAAUUUUAGGUUGUGGAAGUGCCUGAUUUUCUUUUUCAAAAGUUCCUUUAGCUUGGGCAUCGCUUUUGAUAAACGCAAAUCUAUCCAGAAUAAUAUCCUCAUAAUAAUCACCUCACCUCUUAUCACAGUUUUACAACACAACAGGUUCUUGCUCUUCCAUCACCUUCAGUCAAUUCUUUAUCGUGAUCUUCUGAUUACUGAUUGGGUUUAAUCGUUAAUUCGUUCCUGUUGUGCAAAAGAGAAUCAAGAGCUUGAAUUAGAAAAUAUUGCCGGUGGAUACGAACAACAAUAACUGCAGGAAAUUCUAAAUCAUGUCGUGUCUGCAGAGGGGGGCGGGAUUAAAAUAUGGACUUGUCCACACUAUGUUUAAACAAAGUUGGUGCGUAUAAAAAUGUAGAAAUGAACUGGCAUUUGCAAACAUGAACAUGGAAAAUCUCUGAAGAAAAGUUACUUGGUGGACAAAAUGGUUGCUCUAGUCUAGUAGAUGAAUGAGCUUCUCAGAUAUCGUAUCCUAAGCUGUGCUAAAGAGAGUUAAGCGAUUAUUGUGACGUGAAAAUGUAAUAUUGGCGCUGUGCAUUAAUGAAACCACAAUUUGAGGUUGUGGGUUUUUUUUUUUUGUUUGUUUUUAAAUGACUUUAGUGUCACACCGUGCGUUUUACUUCAUACAGCGUGAUACUGACUGAACAUCCCGUUUCCUACAUUUGUAUAAACAAAGCAGGCGCUUGUGAAAGAACCAGCUGUGAUUUAUUAUUUUUUUUUUCCGUUGAUUUGAUUCGAUUUCUGCAGUAUUUGAUUUUGGGAAACAGCACUUGCGUGUUUGUGACGCGUUUAUAGUUUAGAUUUAAAUGACUUUCUGUGCAACUCAGUGGCUGCUCCUUGCGUAGUGCUGCAACGGCACGCUGUUUAUUUCUGAUUAUAACGAGACAUUCACGGUUCCCUCUGUAAACGGCCAUAUUGGUCCCCACACACCCCUCACCUCACCUCCCCGUGUGUAUUAGUCAUUCCCACGUGUUCUUUUCAGAGCUAUAUUACAGAUAAAAGCUGAUAUUAUGUGCGCCUGGCUGAUGUGUCCAUCUGCGCUGCUCUUUAGCUUUGCUGAGGACCAUUUUCUCUGUUUCUGUGAUGUAUACACUUUUUUUUUUUUUUCUCCCCACUUUUUUUUUCCUCCCUUUUUAUUGUGCUGAUGAUGUAACACUUUUUUUUUUUUGGUAUGGAUCAUCCUAAUGGCAGGCCAAGCAAUAAAAAAAUUCUUAAACAUG